AUGACCUCCCACUCUGGUUCGCGAACAUCGCGGAUGGCCAGCAGCGUUGCGAGAGUAAUGUAUACCAACGCAGUUUACUUCCCGAACAACCGAGUUUACCAAGGGGAUAGUCCGGCCAUGCUGAAUUACAGCUGUGUCAACCGCGUCUACUACGCCUACGCAAGCAUUGGGCCGGAUGGCGGUGUGUUUUUGAGCGAUGAGUGGGCUGAUGCCAGAGCACCAGUUGACGGAGUUCAAGGUGCUCUAGGAUCUUUGAUGCAUCUCAAGCAACAACACCCUCACCUACAAGUGGUUUUGUCGAUUGGGGGGCCGGCCUGCUCUGAAGUCUUCCCCGUCGUUGCUGGCAACACCAAUCUACGAGAUAACUUUGCUCGUUCCGCCUUAGGGCUGGUAGAGGCUUCUGGUCUUGACGGUAUUGACGUUUCGUGGGAGUAUCCCUGCAAUGCUGAGCAAGGUCACGAUUUUGUAAACUUGUUGGCGACUAUUCGAUCACAUUUGGCCGAAGAUCGAUAUAUUCUUACCGCAGCACUGCCAGCAACCAAAACCAUACUGCAACUUAUUGACUUCAAAGCGGCGGCGAACUACUUGGAUUUUGUCAACCUGACUGCUUACGACUUCUUCGGUGUGUGGACACCAAAGAGUGGACACCAUUCCCAACUAUACGCAAUGAACCGAGACGAAACCUCUGGCUCUUCGGGUGUAGCGCAUUUGAUGUCCCAUGGAUUUCCUUCGGGUGGUAUUCUUCUAGGAAUCCCCACUCACGGCCGCAGCUUUCUGCAGGCGACGGGGGCUGGACAGACGUUCAAGGGAGGCGGCGGCGAUGAGGGAAUAUAUGAGUAUAGCCAGUUACCCAGAAAGGGCUGUAAGGAGUCAGUCGACAAACGCCAUAUUUCAGCUCAAUGUGUGGGUGGCGAUGGUGGUUUCGUUACGUACGACAACCCAGAUACAGUCAAGGCGAAAGCAGCAUUUGCCAAGCAAAAAGGACUAGGUGGCUUAUUUUACUGGAACGCACCAGCCGAUUCUAAAGAAAAAUCUAGAAGCCUAGUCGCGGCAGGGUUCCGUGAACUGCACACAUCAUGA